AUGGGAAAAAUUGCAAAACCGAAAUCAAAUGUUGAAGUACCCUUGAAGAAGAAAUUACCAAAACAUGGUAGGAAAUCACCAGAGAAGCCUCGGGAGAGGGAAAAUGGCAUAUUAUCUAAAGGUAUAUCAUCAUUCUCCAAACAAAGUUUCUCCGAAUCUUCACUUGGAGUACAAAAAAACUCAUCAAGGGACGAGUCAAGGGAUGUUAAAAGUACAACUUACAAAUCAUCAACAAAGUCACAUGGUGUGAACAAAAUCAAGAAAAAAGAUAGAUUGAACAUGAAGAAAAAACUCCUACUAAAAAAAAUUGAUAUUGUUAGGGAAUUGAAGAAGGAACUUCAAGUGAGAGAAAAGAGAAAAAAUACAGCUCUUAUUGGGGAUACUAAUCCCCUUCAUGAUGCUUUACCAUCAUUAGAACCAUUGUUGAAAAUGAAACAUGCUACUUGCAUUAAAGCUGAAGAGCAUAGUAAGAAUAAGAAGGGAGUUGAGACAGCUAGGAAGAGGAAAAAGCAAACUAUGAAAGAUGUUGAGAUUUUCAAGAGGGCAUUGAGAGAUAAAACUUUCAAAGCUAACCCUUUUGAGACUAUUUCAAAUCAUAUUCAGUCUAUUGUGCAUUUAAAAACAAAUGUGAAGAAAUAA